UUUACCAUGACAACUGAUAUAACAUAUAUAAAGGUUUUUUUAACAAGUUUUCUUUUUAUAACUUUUUUAAAGUUAUAUUAAUUUUUAUGGUUUUUUUGUAAAUUAAUCUACGACAAUGGGAGAAAAAAUAGUACCUCUGGAGAUGAAUUUAGUACGCUACAGUAAUCCAGUAGCAGUCACAGAACGCGAAGAAAAAUCGAAAAACAAGAAACUUGAUGAAAAUGAUGGUCUAAUAUCAAAUGAAAAAAUUAAAGAAUGCGAUGAAAUUCUAAAUUGUAUUUUGCCACCAAGAGAAUGGGAAGAAAAUGGAAAACAGUGGAGACAAAAAGUUUCAAAUCAACCUGCUACUAGAAUGGAUGUAAUCAAGUUGACAGAAAUGUUAGAUAUGAGUUUGCAGCAUUUACAGGCACGAGAAACUGGUAUAUGUCCAAUUCGGAGAGCUCUUUAUUCUCAGUGUUUUGAUGAAAUAAUUCGACAGGUCACUAUUAACUGUGCAGAACGAGGACUUUUGUUACUAAAAGUUCGUGAUGAACUUAAAAUGACAAUGGAUGCUUACCGGUCAUUAUAUGAAAGUAGUAUUGCUUUUGGUAUAAGGAAGUCAUUGUCUGCAGAACAUAAUAAGCUUGACAUGCAAGAUCGAUUAACUGAAUUGGAAGUUGAAAAACAGAAAAUCAAGGAUGACUUAGCAACAGCAAUUGCAAAAUAUGAAAUGGCUCAAAGACAAGGAACUGAACAACGUAUUGCUGAACAACAAAGACACAAUGAAGAAAUUAAUUUUUUGAAAAGAUCCAAUCAACAGUUAAAAGCUCAACUCGAAGGAAUUAUAGCACCAAAGAAAUAAUUUUUAAAUAAUUGAGCCACUUAGCUACCAUACUUAAAUAAAAUAUGUGUAGUUUUUAUGAUUUUUUUAUUUUUGUGCUUAAAAAGUGAGAUUAUGUUGAAAUUAUUAAUACCUAAACUAUGAUUUUUAAAUUUUUUGGUAUUAGGUAUAUAUUUUACAAAACAUUAGACCUUAUUGUUGAAAUUAAAAUUUAAAUAAGAUCUACUCAUGUAAUUAAAAUUUUUGAAGAUAUGUAAUUUUCAUUGUUUACAUGUUUACUGAUAAAUGUUGACUAUUACCUGAUCAAAU